UAUAUUUUUAAUAUAUUAUAUAGUAAAAUAAAAAAUAAAAAAUUAUAAAUUUGAUAAAAAAAUAAAAGAUAUGGAUAUUCUAGAUAUUUUUCUAAUUUAUUCACUUAUUAAUUAAAGUUAGCGACGUCUAGCCCAGUCUUAUAUUACUGUUCAUAAAUUUUAUCCAUAUAAAAGCCCAAUUGCUUUUGGAUUUGAAUUCCCAUUUGAGAGUUGGAGAGUGGAUUACAAGAGACCCCCGAAUUCCCACAUCUCUCGCCUCCUGCAUGUAUAUAUAUAUAUAACAGGACUAACAAUUCUUUCGCUGUUCAAGCUUCUCCUACAAAAUUUCUUACUGCGUUCUUGUGUUUUGUUUCUUUGUAUUGCUGUGCCUUGGGCAGUUCGCUAGCAACCAAUGUCUUGCAUUGAUUCUGUUGGCCUUGAUGAUCAAGAAUUAGCUGGGCACCUUGAUGUAAUGCUGUGCUCAAGUUCUGACGACGACAAACGCAAAUCAUCUUCGCUCGAUCAGUCCUCAAGUACGUGUUCACAUCCACUUGUCAUGAAGCUAGUAUGUACCACUUGUGGGCAGAAGAUGUCCAAUUUUUAUGGCCUGCCAUUUGAUUACAUAAUGGGUGGUUUAAGGUUAAGCGAAACAAAAGCUGACUGGACGCGUGAUGCCGAGACGGAUUUUGUUUUGAGCAAGAAGAAGUUGUUCUUGGUUCUUGAUUUAGACCAGACUUUGCUGCACUCGACAGUAGAUUUAACCCCAGAAGAGAAUUAUUUAAAGAACCAGAUGGAUUCAUUGCAAGAUAUUUUUAAAUUGAUCACAAGGGAAGGUUUCUCUCCUAGCUAUGCCAAAUUGAGGCCCUUUGUUCGCAACUUCCUGCAGGAAGCUAGUACCAUGUUCAAGAUGUAUGUGUACACCAACGCUAAUAAAAGUUACGCGAGGAAGAUGGUGAAUUUGCUCGAUCCUGAUAAUAUAUACUUCAAGUCAAGAUUAAUUACUAGAGAGGACAGUACUGUAUCAUGUCAGAAGAAUCUUGAUGUGGUGAUGGGUCAAGAAAGGGCAGUUGUUAUUCUUGAUGACAGAACCGACGUGUGGCCAAUGCACAAAGAUAAUCUGAUUCAAGUUCAGAGAUACAAGUAUUUCGCUUCGACUGCUAAUUGGUCCAACUCUAAAUCCUUUGCCCAGAGAGAGGUUGAUGAGAGUACAGACAUAAUGGCAACAUACUUGGAAAUUCUGAAGAAGAUUCACAGUCAAUUUUUUGAUCCCAAACUUGAUGAGGACAACCUUGCUAGCAGAGAUGUCAGGGAUGUAAUGAGAACAGUUCAGGCUGGAAUUCUUCAGGGGUGUAAAUUAAUACUAAGGAAAAACUUGACAGCCAAGUAUAAACUGGAUAAUCUUUCCAAGAUGGCAGAAAAACUGGGAGCAAUUUGUGUUUCAGAACUUGAUCCCACAGUAACACAUGUGGUAACACUUGAAGCAAAACCUGAAGACGAUCAGCUUCAAUUGGAAAAUAAGAAGAAGAAGAAGAAUAAGCAGAAAGGGACAUAUCAUUUAGUUUUUCCAGAGUGGAUAAGGGAUUCCUAUAAAUUAUGGCAUAGAAUGCCUGUUGAAAAUUAUUUCUGUUUCUUGGGAAAUUUACGAAUAAUAACAAUGUGUUCUGAUGAUGGAUCCGUUACCUAUGAUGCAAUAUUUGGCUCAGGUUCUGAUGAUGACGAUGAGCACGGUUCAUAUUCUCAUCCUGAGGGAGAAGCAAUGGAAUGUGACGAUUCCUGUUCACAUCCCAUUGUCUUGAAGCUAAUGUGCACUAUUUGUGGGCAAGACGUGCCCGAUGGUUAUGGCCUUCCUUUUGGGUACAUAAUGAAGGAUUUGAGGCUAAGUAAAAUUGAAGCUGAUCGGCAGCGCUAUAUUGAGACAACUAAUAUUUUGAGCAAGAAGUUAAUCUUGGUUCUUGAUUUGAAUAAGACAUUGCUUCAGUCUAAAUAUCCUGAGGCGUUAACACCCGAAGAGAAAUAUAUGGAGAAUCAAAUAGAGAGGGAGACUCAUGGCAAUGUCUUUAAAGUGGAAUUAUGGGAAAACCGGUCCUGCAUUGUCAAUCUAAGGCCAUUUGUUCGCAGGUUCCUUGAAGAAGCUAGUACCAUGUUUGAGAUGUAUGUUUACACUUCAUCUAGUCAAGUUAAUGCGAGGAAGAUGAUGAGUUUCCUUGAUCCUGCAAAUAGAUACUUCAAUUCAAGAUUAAUUGUUCGCGAGGGCAGCACUGUGAUGGCACUGAAGAAUCCUGACGUGGUGUUGGGGCACGAAAGGGCAGUAGUUAUUCUUGAUGACAGAAAAAGUGCAUGGCCAAUGCAUAAAGCCAAUGUCAUUAAUGUUGAGAAAUACAAUUACUUCGCUUCGAACCAAAGUGAUCCCGGAUCGAAGUCUAAAUCUUUGGCUGAGAGAAAGAAGGAUGAGCAUACACGAGUGAUGGCAGCAUAUUUAAGAAUUCUCAGAAAGAUUCACCGUCAAUUUUUUGAUCCGAAACUUGAGGCCAUUGUUACUGCUGGUGCUGCUAGAGAUGUUAGGGAGGUGAUGAGAAUGGUUCGUGCUAAAAUCCUCAAGGGGUGUAAAAUAUGUUUUGAGUCAUAG